UUGCGAAAUCAAAAUAGUUAGAUGUUAAAUAGGCGAUUGUACAAGGUCGACCGAAUUGCUGGCUAUGAGAGGAAGUACUCGAGAAGUCGCGCGUCGUCGUCCAUGCACACUGCUGUUGUGUCGCCCACACGAUGCGGCAGCGGAUAAAACACGUCCACUUCCGACACAUCUCGAGGACUGUCCCAUUCAUCGAGUUCUGGCUCGGCGACCUUGAGUUUCUUGGCGGGGUGGGGCAAGGCAUCUGCGUCAUUGCACUGAACGAUGUCAAUAAGGAUCCGCUUGCCAAGGUUGGACGUGACCGAGAACGUGCCUUCGGGCAGUGCUGGCAACGCGACUUGGUUGUUCAUGUUGUUGUCGAGAUUGAUAUGGAAAUGAAGAAUGCCGCGGUCGUCGUCGUUGUCCAGGAACUCGCAAUCAUUCGGUUGAACACCUACAGUAUCUGAUCCGAG